AUGAUUGCACGCUCAUUAUGCAGAGAAGAUCCAUCUUUAAUCUUAAGAUGCUUCGAUUUAAAAUCUUCCAAAAUUAGUGUAAUUGGGGAUGAUCACUCAGGAAAAACGUCUCUGGUUCGCAGUUGGUUAAAUAAUUCAUUUCAAAUAACAGAUUCUAAUAAUUAUAGGGUUUCGGAUCUCUAUCAUAAGACUAUUCAAUUUGAUUCUUUAAUAAAAUACUGCCGGACCCUUGAAAUAAAAUCACAGUUACCCAACAUCUUCGAGUGUGACAUCGACGAGUCUGUCAUGAAAGGGGCUAACAAAACUGUUCAGAACCGUAGUGGCCUGCUGAAAGAAUAUCUUACAAAUGCUAUUACGUGUGAUAAUAAACCGAUUGCUGGAAGACCUAUGAACAUUGAUGUUCAAAUUUUUGACACUAAUCGGAUGGAGGUUUCAUACCAUUCGGAAUUAACUACUAUUCAGAUCAAGCAGUCUGAUGCAGUUAUAUUAUGUUUUGAUUCUACCAAUGCCAGCUCCUUUGCUAGCUUAGAAUCCUAUAUUUGUAUUAUUCAUCAGGUAAGCUUGGAAUGUCAAAUAAAUAUUCCCAUAAUCAUAGCAUGUACGAAAUGUGACCUGACUGCAGAAAGGAGCGUCAGUUAUGACAAAAUUUUAGCAUUCCUUCGAGAACUGAAUUUCUCGCCACACUGUUUGGAUUAUUUUGAAAUAUCCUCCAAGCUUGAUGCAAACAUUGAAGACUUGUUGUUUGCAGCGUUAUUAAAAAUCGAAAAAUCUAAAAGCGACCGCAGAAAACUUUUGCAAGGUUUCAUAAGCAAGAAUCAUCCAGCUGAUGAUUUAUCUAUCUUACCAGGCGAAAGAAACGCUCACGAUAUCGAAGCUGAACAAAGCGUCAGUAAAAGGGUUGAAAGCUUCUCAACAACGACUUCUUCCGUUGGCUCAAAAAGUCGCAGAACAAAAAAUAUUGAGCCUUUGCCGGUAAAGAAGUUUUUGACAAAAAACUUCACUACUCGACAGUCAAUCAAAAGCCCACCGAAUGCUGAGAAGAAGAAAUUGAAGAAAUGCUUUACGGCAUGUUGUGUAAUGUGA